AUGAUCAUCGAACGAUUCCAGGAAUUAAUCAUCAAUGAAUUAUCAGUGUUGGAACGAAAUCUUCUAGAUAAAAUUCCCAAUAUUUCGUGCCAUCCGCCAGCGUUGUUUAAAAAACGUGCUCCAAAACUUGAUUCACUUCUUGCUACUGGCGUUUCACAAGAAUUGAUGAGUGUCAUCAAAGAAUUCGAUGAUGGUUUGCACUCUUUACUGAAUUUUAUCAACGAAUAUGAAAAGAUUGGUAAGGAGCAAACAGUAAGUCAGCUACGUCAGCAGUUCUCUGUUGCCGUCUUGGAAAUGUUGAAGAGGUUGUGUGCCGUUGUGGAAGAAUUUAGUACUUCGGAUGAUGGUUCAACUGGUUCACAUUCUGAUCAUGCAUUGUGUAUGGCAAGAGUAUACAUUGCUUUGAUCCAUUUUUGUAACUCGUCUAUUUCUCUUUCCAUGUCAAAAAAGAUGGAUCGUAUACUAGAAUGUGCGAGAAUGUUAUGUGAAAGUGCUGAAAAAUCAUUUUGUGCUUAUCUGGAUGUGAUCAUUGAAGAUUGUGCUGAAGAGAAAGAAGUGAAAAAACUGGCAGAAGUUUACACUGAUCCAUUCAUUUUCAUAUCAUAUUUGCAGGAAUUUGAAAAAUUGGAAUUACCAGAAAUUGGCAUAAUAGAAGUACCUGUACAAAUUAAUCGAAUUUUAUACUCUUUUUUGUACAGUUUAUGUCAGAAGAUCUCCAACGAUUCCGUUGGUUAUUUAUGUACGCGGAAUAUUCGAUCACAUAUUUCACGGCACCUUGAACAGUUACUUCUUUCGGUGUAUUCUGUCAUUGCUCAUUCUAGUGUUGAGCUAUCAUCUCGAAUCGUUCUGCAAUAUCUUUUCGAUAUUCGCUUCUUAAAUAUUAUCUUACCAAGCGGUGGUAUGCGUUCGCUAAUUCCUCUUUUAGAAGCAAAAUUGGAUCCGUUUGAUUUGAGUCUUAUCUCUAGCCCGCUUGGGAAAAAUGCUCGAGUGGUUGCUCAACGUCAUUCGGUUUGUAUCGUUUUUUCAUUCUUGUUCAUUAUUCCCACAAGUGUUGUUUUGAUCUUUAAAUUGAGAUUGCAUGAAAAUUAG